CUUUGUUAAAAACCUUGGUGUCAUUUUUAACUCCACACUGUGCUUUGAUGAGCACAUUAGUGCUGUGAAGACCUGAGCUUAAGCUAUUAAUGAAUCAUUUCUGUUUCUCAUAAUUCAGCCUUGGUGGCAUUAGCCUAUAGUUUAUUUUUUAUUCCAAAUGUGAUCAGGGAAUUUAACAUGUAACAUUUUAAUUAUCUUCUGCUGAAAUGAAUGAAAUGACUUGAAAAAAGAUCCGUUCAUUCUGCUGAACGAGAUUCAAAGAUCAGUCAGUAAACUUCUCACCGCUAAUCUGGGUUUGCCUAGAACCACUGAGUGUUUGCAGUUGCAGUUACCGGUCACAUUCCAUGUUGAUUUUUAAAAUUUAGCUUUUUGUUUUUAAACCGUUGCAUGGACUUGCUCCACAGUAUAUUUAUGAUCUUCUCACCCCGUACACUGCUUCAAGACACCUUCAAUCAUCCGGACAAUUACUGCUCUCAGUUCCUCGUUCACGUUUUAAGGCUUUCUCAAUGGCUGCUCCUGGGCUUUGGAUUAGUCUUCCUCUCCACCUCAGCUCUUCACCGUCCGUUACUGUGUUUAAAUCCUCUUUACAGACUUAUUUGUAUUAUUUCUUUUAAAUGAGGGUGUACAUUUUUCAUUGGUCCUUUUUGGUUUUUUGCUUUCUCUUGUAAUUAGUUUUAAUUCUGUUUUCCAUUUCUUGUACAGCACUUUGGUCUCAACAUCUGUUGUUUUCAAAUGUGCUUUAUAAAGCAAUAAACUAAACUAACCUAAAUGGGUCCAAAGAAACCCUGGAUAAAAGUUGAUUAAAAUGUAAAUGCACGUGAGCAGCGUAAACGUUCACGUGUAUGAUGUGCAGUACUGUUUGAACUGGGGUUUAUUCAGUGUGUAAUCAGUCUGCAGAUUCAUUAUGCCCUCAUUAUGGCAGCAAUAAGUGAGUUCACUUUAAAGUGGUGCUUCAUUGAACAAGGUCCUCUCAUUUGGCAAAUAUGUCUGUCUUUGACGGUCCCCAUCCUCACAUCCGUUCCUUGCUUCCUUGGAGGGAAGAGAAGCUGAGCUGAGAAGUGGGGAAGCGAUACAAGGAAAGGAAACUGGAGAAGCGGAGGCAAAGUCAUGUGUAUGUCACAUGUGUGGGGCUCAUCUGAACCGGCUCCACUCGUGUCUCCACUGCGUCUUCUUCGGCUGCUUCACAAAGAAACACAUCCACGAGCACGCCAAAACCAAGAGACACAACUUGGCUAUAGACCUUCUGUACGGAGGAAUAUACUGUUUUGUGUGCCAAGACUACAUAUACGAUAAAGAUAUGGAACAGAUUGCCAAAGAAGAACAAAGGAAAGCGUGGAAAUUGCAAGGCAUUGGAGAGAAAUAUUCGACGUGGGAGCCUACAAAGCGAGAGCUGGAGCUGCUUCGACACAACCCGAAACGACGGAAGAUCACCGCAAACUGCACCAUAGGUCUGAGGGGUUUGAUAAACCUGGGCAACACAUGCUUUAUGAACUGCAUUGUCCAGGCUCUGACUCACACCCCACUGCUGAGGGACUUCUUCCUGUCCGACAGACACAAGUGUGAGAUGCAGGCCAACUCCUGCCUUGUGUGUGAGAUGUCCCAGCUUUUUCAGGAGUUCUACUCGGGCCAUCGCUCUCCCCACAUUCCCUUUCGGCUGCUGCACCUGGUGUGGACACACGCACGUCACCUGGCUGGCUAUGAGCAGCAGGAUGCACACGAGUUCCUCAUCGCAGCACUGGACGUGCUACAUCGCCACUGCAAAGGGGAUGACAACGGGAAGAAGGCCAACAACCCGAAUCACUGCAACUGCAUCAUUGACCAAAUCUUUACCGGAGGCUUGCAGUCAGAUGUCACAUGUCAAGUCUGCCAUGGUGUAUCAACAACAAUAGACCCCUUCUGGGACAUCAGUUUAGACCUUCCGGGUUCGUCCACUCCGUUCUGGCCACUCAGUCCUGGCUCUGAUGGGAGCGUGGUGAACGGAGAGAGCCAUCCAAGUGGAGCUACCACACUAACGGACUGCUUACGCAGAUUCACACGACCUGAGCACUUAGGAAGCAGUGCGAAAAUCAAAUGCAGUGGUUGCCAUAGCUACCAGGAGUCCACCAAGCAGCUGACAAUGAAGAGGCUCCCCAUUGUGGCUUGCUUUCACCUCAAAAGGUUUGAGCAUUCCGCAAAGCUCCGAAGGAAAAUCACCACGUAUGUCUCGUUUCCAUUAGAGCUUGAUAUGACUCCCUUCAUGGCCUCCAGUAAAGAGAGCCGGAUGAAUGGACAGUACCAGCAGCCAGUAGAUUCAUUAAACAAUGAUAAUAAGUAUUCUCUCUUUGCUGUAGUGAAUCAUCAGGGCACACUGGAGAGCGGCCAUUACACCACGUUCAUCCGCCAACAUAAGGACCAAUGGUUUAAAUGUGAUGAUGCAAUCAUCACUAAAGCCAGCAUUAAGGACGUGCUGGACAGUGAAGGGUAUCUGCUGUUUUAUCAUAAACAGUUCCUUGAGUAUGAGUAACCCCUAAAAGCAGAUGUUGAAGAUGGACACCUAAAAAGAGAUGGACCAUUAGAGUGAAUGGGAUGGAGAAAGAAAACCAUAAAAGUAAAGAUGGCUGUCAGUCUCGCACAAGUACAGCUGGGAGCAGCAGAAGCAGCAAGAAAGUGCAUAAAUACCAUAAUUAUUCCUCGAGUAAAAUAUUUUGAAUAAGAAAUGAAAACCAAAUGCAUAGCUAACAAGCUGUGUCAGUCCACACUGAGCUACCAAGAUCUAUUUGGGGAGGGGGUAGGAUUGAGUGAGAAGUGAUCGAAGAUGGAGCUCCUUGUCCGUUCAUACACGAAUGGAGAGGACGGAAAGGCCGUUUAUCUAGCUCAGCCUCAGUUUUCUGCCUUUUCCACACUUGAUUAUUCAGCUUUAGUUCAUGAUCCCUUUUCCUUGUGACCUCAGAAUGACCGAGCAUUUCAAUCACCACAGCCAGUGAGGAAUAAUGUUUCUGUUGUUAAGUGUGUUUCUUUUUCUGCAUUAAUUGCCUGAAAGCAAAUAUGAAAGAAAACCAUGUGGUACUAAAGGUUUUGUGGAAAUUGUUGAUAGUUUUUAUCCUCUGUGAAUUCAGUUAUAAAAUACUGUAUACCUGUAAGUCCUGCACAUGUUUCCCCCCGUGUGGAUGGGUGAAAUGAUGGAUUGUAUGAAAAGAGGUGGAGCGUGAAUGUGGUUGGCACAUUGUACACAUUGGUUCUCCUGAUUCUUUCUCACUGCAUUUCUGUGGGGGUUUUUUUGUUUUGUUUUUUUUUGUUUUUUGAUUGAAGGCAGGGAAAUAUUGUGUAUAUAUACGUACAUCUAUUUUUAUAAAGACAUUGGACUCUUGUUUGAAAUACUUUCCCCACCCACAUCCUUGACUUUCUCAAAUCUCUGCUGUUUUUUUUUUGUUGUUAAUUAUUUUUAUUAUUAUUAUUUCAGGAAAUGCAGCUGUCUCUUGACUCCCCCCCCCCCCCCCCCCCCC